UCACAGACGGUGUGAUGCCACCGGGCAGCCCUUUUUAAGAGAAAAGCCAGGACUGGGGAACAGCGACCCUUGAACAGUCCCCUGUGCUGAGCGGUGGAGGCCCGGGAACUGUCACUUUAAAGCCAACAUGAGUGAGCGACAAGGUGCUGGGGCAUCCAAUGGAAAAGAAAAGACAUCUGGCGAAAAUGAUGGGCAGAAGAAAGGUCAAGAAGAAUUUGAUAUUGACAUGGAUGCACCAGAGACGGAACGCGCAGCGGUGGCCAUUCAGUCUCAGUUCAGAAAAUUCCAGAAGAAAAAGGCUGGGUCUCAGUCCUAGCAAGAGAGCCCCUUCAUAGCCGCUGCAAGACACCGAAGUCAACCGUCACCUGUCAAGAAAUUAAAAGAACAACAUCCCCACAUGAUCUGCACACACACAGCAAACCUAAAAUGCAUGUACAGAACCCUGUGAUAUUUAUACCCUUGUAGGAUGGUGUAAAACAAUGAGAUUGUGAAUGGCUUAAUCUUCGUGUUUAUCUCCAGUCCCAUUUCUCCUGCAACUGUUUACCUUGAUGUUGUAAUAAAAUGGAGAUAAGAUGAGUAA